AUGAAGAACGACGACAGUGCGCGAUCCUACAGACUUCUUGGCCUUUCCGAAGGCGCAUCUCUUGAGGAGCUGGAUGAGAGAUACUUGCAGCUGACCCUGAUUCAGAACGGACCACAUGCUCCCCAAAACAAGGAGGAGGCCAAGCAGCAACACGAUCUGCUCGAUAAGGCCUACAAUACCAUACUCACGAGAUUUCUCAGAGGUGAAGAGGAAGUGGAAGUGCCUAGUUCUCCCCAAGAAGACUUUACCAUGAAACAGAUCACCAACGCUCAAGAUCGCAUUCAUAUGCCAAGUACAAGCGAUGAGGAUUUGUGGAUUUCCCCGGAGGCCUCACGGCCAUCCAGCUCUCAGACAGACUCCGAGUUGCCCGUACCCAGAGCAGCAAAUGCGCCUGGCUUCAGCCUGCGAGAAAUUCAAGGUGACAUCCUCGAGGCCCCAGAUCGAGCCGUGAUUGUUCAUGCAGUCAACUGUCAAGGGGUGUGGGGGUAUGGCAUCGCAGCACAACUCAAGAAAUCGUUUCCGGAAGCCUACAGGGUCUACCGCACUCACUGCCAACAAAACACCAAGGCUUACGACAUAAUUGGAACAGCUCUCCUGAUCCCGCCUCAACCAAAAGACUACAAAGAAGAGAUGACAAGAGAAGAUGGAAACACACAACCGGCCACAGUGUGCACUGGUUCAACCACCGUGUUUGCCAAACGCCGCUGGAUUGCGUGUUUGUUCACGAGUGCCGGCUAUGGGAGGCCAAAUCCCGCAAUCAACAAGAUUGGCAAGGACUCCAAGCAGCGAAUAUUAAACCGCACGAGGAGCGCUUUGGAAUACCUCAGAGUCUUGCUGGAGGAGUUCGGACCAUCAAAUUUUGACGAAGACACAAACUGGCGAACGGACGAUGAUAAACCGGGGGAAAUUUGGAGCUGCAAGUUCAACAGUGGUGCUUUUGGGGUCGAGUGGGAAUCAAGCUGUGCUAUCUUGGAGCAAGAAUUCGCAACCUUCGAGCGUCCGUGGACCAUCGUGGAUAAGGUUGACAAGACGAAGGAUGGCUCGAAGGACGAAGCUAGAGGAGCGUCGUCUCAAGAUUAA